AUGCCGCAGAUGCCCGCGUGGGGAACGCAGCUAGGCGUGCUGCUGCCGUCCGUGGCUGGAGGUGACUGGUGUCCUUCCUCCGGUCCCGUCCCCGCUGCAGGACAGCACAACGACGCACGGAUGAACCUCGCCAUCGCCCUCACUGCUGCCAGGUACGGCGCUGCCACGGCCAAUUACGCUGAAGUGCUGCGCUUGCUGAAGACGACAGACCCGGCCAGCGGGAAGGAGCGCGUGUGCGGGGUGCGCUGCAGGGACGUCUUAACAGGGCAGGAAUUUGAUGUCAAAGCCAAGUGCGUUAUCAAUGCUACAGGACCUUUCACAGAUUCUGUGCGCAAAAUGGAUGAUCAGGAAGUACAAAACAUCUGUCAGCCAAGUGCAGGCGUGCAUAUUGUGAUGCCUGGUUAUUACAGCCCAGAUAAUAUGGGUCUGCUUGACCCAGCCACCAGUGAUGGUAGAGUGAUUUUCUUCUUGCCUUGGGAGAAGAUGACUAUUGCAGGGACCACAGACAGCCCGACUGACGUUACAUCCCAUCCGAUACCAACAGAAGAAGAUAUCAACUUCAUAUUGAAUGAAGUGCGCAACUACCUUAGCGUUGAUGUUGAAGUGAGAAGAGGAGACGUGUUGGCAGCGUGGAGUGGCAUUCGUCCUCUGGUCACAGACCCCAACUCCAAAGACACGCAGUCGAUAUCCCGGAAUCAUGUUGUUACCAUUAGUGAUAGUGGUCUUGUCACGAUAGCAGGUGGGAAGUGGACAACCUACCGUGCCAUGGCACAGGACACCAUUGAUGCAGCUAUUCAGGCACACGAUCUGAAGGCAGGUUCCAGUAAGACCAUUGGACUGCAGCUACAAGGGGCUGAGGACUGGAGUCCCACUCUCUAUAUUAGGUUGGUCCAAGACUAUGGACUUGAAAGUGAGGUGGCUCAGCAUCUAGCAUCAACAUACGGUGAUAAGGCUUUUGAGGUGGCCAAAAUAGCCCAAGUUACAGGAAAGAGAUGGCCUAUUGUUGGAAAACGUCUUGUAUCUGAAUUUCCUUAUAUUGAAGCUGAGGUUGUCUAUGGUGUUAAAGAGUAUGCCCGCACAGCAGUGGAUAUGAUUUCCCGACGUACUCGCUUGGCCUUCCUGAAUGUGCAGGCUGCAGAGGAAGCCCUGCCAAGAAUCGUAGAUAUAAUGGGGAAAGAACUUAACUGGAAUGAGCAGAAAAAAAAGGAAGAACUUGAAGCUGCUAAAAGAUUUCUCUAUUAUGAAAUGGGCUACAAAGUAAAAUCAGAUCAAUUAACAGACAGCUCUGAAAUCAGUCUAGCACCUUCAGAUAUUGAAAGGUACAAGAAGAGAUUCCACAUGUUUGACAAGGACAAGAAAGGGUUUAUUACUAUACUGGAUGUGCAGCGUGUCUUGGAGAGCAUCAGUGUGCAAAUUGCUGAAAAUACACUUCACGAUAUUCUAAAUGAAGUGGAUCUGAACAAAAAUGGACAGGUUGAACUCAAUGAGUUUUUGCAGCUCAUGAGUGCUAUUCAGAAGGGCCAUGUGUCUGGAAGCCGGCUGGCAGUGCUCAUGAAGACUGCCGAGGAGAAUCUGCAUCAGAGGUUGGUGAUUCCGGUGGACCGGAGCGGUGGUGGACUGUGA